CAUUGAUGUCAAACUAUGAAUAAGGAGUGAUGACGGAUUUUACAAUCUUAUUUUAGAAGUAUACUUUAUAUUCAUAUGAUUUUUUAAAGUCUUUUUUUCAUACUUUCAUCAAUAUUUCUAUUGCAAUCCAUUAUUUGCAAUGUUAGAUUGCAUAUCAUGCAACACUUUUCAAGCAACGACGGGAAUAUUUGGUCCAAACGAACGUUUAUCUUGGUGUGAUGAAGUAUGACGUGAAAAGUGUUCCAAAAUGACGAACAUGACAGCUUUGUGGAGGAGGGUGGUGAUACUCCUCGUUGUGGUGAUCGCUAUCCUUCAGGUGAUACACAUGACACUCCUCAGCCGGUUAGAAGCAAGAAAAAACGGCAGCUUGCGAAGCGGUGACAAAUCCGAUUGGCAAAGCCAGCAGGAGUAUCAAGAAGCGCAGCUUAAAAAAGACAUGACGCGCAUGCUCGAAACCAUCAAACAGAGUAGUGUUCUCGAUUCCAGUGGGGAAUAUCGAAUCAUCAACUUCGUCAUGCGAGCUGAGAACUUAGGGGUGAAAAACAACGUCCGUCAGGACUUGAGUCUAGUCACACAGUCCACCAUCAAGCAUCUUGUCCAUUUAGAGAGUAUCUUAGGUCGAUGGCACGGGCCAGUAUCUGUAGCCAUUUUUAGCCUCACCCAGGACAUACCUCUGGCAAUCGAUGCCAUCUUGAACAUAAGACGCUGCAUACCUGCUGCUAGAUCCAACACCAGCUUUCAUCUAGUGUAUCCUUUGAACAGUCCUUACAAUAAGGCACCAUCACCUCAACCCUUAGUGCUAGAUCCAUGCGAAACUAUCAAAGACAGAAUCCAAAGUUUCCAGAUAUCCGAUAACUAUGCCCAUGGUGUUCCCUACCCUAAUAACCUUCUGAGGAAUGUUGGCAGACGAAAUGCCCUAACAGACUUUGUUUUUGUCAUCGACAUCGACAUGGUUCCCAAUGACAAUUUGUACUCAGACUUCAUAGAUUUCGCCGUUGUCAAUAAGUUGUUCAUCGAUUCACAUAAGGAUGAUAAAACUGUUUAUGUGGUGCCUGCAUUUGAGGUGAAAGAAGGCGUGGAAGUGCCACGUGAUAAAACUGGCUUGCUUCAGUUGCUGGAACUCAUGGAAGCACGUCCUUUUUACUUCGAGUUGUGCUGGAAGUGCCAGAAGCAUACUGAUUACGAAACGUGGCAGAAGGAACCACCGACUCCCAAAUUGAAUGUCAUCUUUGAAGUGCUGUGGAGGGAUCCCUGGGAGCCGUUCUAUAUAGGACGGAACGUGGCUCCUUUUUAUGAUGAACGAUUUCGUCAGUAUGGAUUCAACAGAUUAAGUCAGGUAUGCGAGCUCCACGUUUCCGGUUAUAAAUUCUCCGUUCUCAACAAUGCGUUCAUCGUUCACCGAGGUCUCAAGACUCCGAACUCCUUUCACAAGGAUAAAGAAACGGAUCAAGAAAAGAAUCGGCAGCUCUUCAGGCAGUUCAAGUUUGAACUGAAAGAAAAGUAUCCGGAUUCUUCCAGAAAGUGCUAUUAGAAAAAGCUUGAAAGUGAACGGGAAGCAAAAGAUUUUGUAUAGGUGUUAUUAGAAUAUUCAUAAGCAAAUUGUGAAUGUUAUGAAAGUGAAAAACUAUUCCGCUUUUUACAGCAUGUUGAGUAUUUUUAAUUGCAGACUUUGAUGCCCAAGUAGCACAAAAUUCUGAAUGAUAUUGUAAAAUGCCAUAUGGACAUGCUUGAUGAUAAUUAGUG